AUGAACGCAGCAUAUGACGUUGCCGGCAUCGACAGCUUGCUCGUCUUUUGGCCAGAAAAGCUCGUUGACCUGUCCCACCGCGUUUCUGCUCCUGGCAACGUCAAUGCACGCAAGACUGCUGACGAUGCGAGUCUGCUCGUCGGCGAGGUCAUUCGCGGCCAUUCCCAUGAGGCGGCCGUUGUCGUCGUCGGGCAGGUCCAAGACUUUGACGCCGACUAUGUCUCACACGAGGUCAAGCCGAUUGGGCUCUCGGUCGUCGGACGCAUCUCAUUUCCCGGAUCUUCAAGCGGUAUGCGCAGUCGUGCUUCGAUUAAGCUUCAAGACGGGUCGGUAUGGCUGUCUAUGCUCAGGUCUCGCUCACAAGGUCAUCCGCCGGCGGUCGAAUCGGUUCUGUUUGCCGGAGAGGUCCUUUCCAACGGUCACGCCAAUGAUGACUACGCGUCCUCUCAACCCGCGUCGUGCGGCGUCAAAGUGAUUGCUUACAGCGUGCCAAAUGCGCGAAUGCUUCAGUACUUUGCCCUCGAGUCGCUUCGCCUUGCUCCUGUCUCGGGCAUGAAGCUGGUCUCGACCGCGAGUGCCCUGCUCGUGCCGGAUGUACAGCUGUCGGCCUACUCGCGACUUCUUGCUACCAACGCUGCGCCAUCGAAGCUCGAGAACAAAUUUCUGCAACUGCUCAUGUUGGAUCCACUUCUUUGGCAAUCUUUUCGGAGCGUCAGCCCACAUCAGAGGCAGCUGCAUCGAGGCACAGCUUUGCGCAGAGCGGUCGAGCUAAUCAAUCGGCUUUCAGCGCAGCACGCUCGUCUUGCUGCUUCACCGGCACUCAAGAACAUCAACGGCGCUUCAAAUGGUGUCUUAUCUAGACCACAGAGCGACAGUCGCCCCGGCUUGCUCGCACGACUUUGCGACUCGGUGACGUUGUUGGCUCUAGCUCUGCAAGGUGUACUGCAGCGUCCGCUCUACACUGCGAGGGAGCACACUGUCAUGAUUGAUGGUGUGGUGAGACGACGGCCCGGCUCAAAGCCUACCAGUUUCAGCUUGACGAGCGUGUCGGCGAGCGCGCGGCAACUCGACGUGCGCAUCUCGCAGCUGGUCGUCGCUCCUCGACUGGCGUCGCGACUGCGCUACCUGCGGAAACAGCAAAAGCUACCGAUCGACGAGAUUGCUGCACCCUACAUUGGACUGUGGAACGCGGUUUGGCUGAUCGCCAACGACAUCAUCCUCGGAUACGCAGCCAGCGUGCUACUCCUUCAAUAUCGGACAGAGCUUGCGCAGCUGUCGCGCAGCCUGUCGGAGCGGUACCUGUUAGAGUCGGUCUUGUGGCUGCUGUCGUGGCUCGAGAAUUGGCCGGCUGGCUUGAAGCUCAAUACGGAGCUGUCUUUGUUCUUCAGCGACGCCUACUCUUCGCUUACGAUGGCGUGGCAUGCUCAAGGGUUGGCACAUGUUGUUGCACGAUUGGACACUGUCAUCGCUGCCAUAGCGCUAACAGGCCGCUUCAUGGGAGUGACCAUGGUGCUGUGCAUGGUGCAAGAUCUGGUCUCGGUCUGCACGCUGCACAUCACGAUCUUCUACACCUUGUCCUUCAGAACGAUGCGUGCGUUUGUAUACGUGCUGUCUUCCCUCUUCGAUGUUUUCCGAGGCAAGAAGCGCAACGCACUGCGCGGUGGUCGACUGGACAAUGCAAGCUACGAGCUGGAUCAGUUGCUGCUCGGAACGCUGUUGUUUACGCUGGUGGCGUUCCUGUUCCCCACCGUCUAUGUCUACUACCUGGCAUUUGGACUGCUCCGGUUUGGAGUGGUAGCCUUCGAAGCUGGCGUGGUGGAGACGUGCUUGGCACUGCUCAACCACCUACCCUUGUUUGCACUCAUGUUACGAGUCAAGGAUCCACAUCGCCUGCCGUCCGGUGUAUGGCUGCAGAAGAUCAAAGCGCCAGCGGAGGAAGAUGCAUACGGAGAUGCGCAUACCUUGCCCACGGGUCGGUUCCGACUGCGCUGUCGGCCCCUAGCAGUGGGUGACAUUUUCGAAGGUUACGCCCAGCAUGUUGCUGGCCUCUUUGAAGUUCCGAGCAUGCUUCUGCGAUGUAUCUUUGGCCGCUCACUUCGGCCACCGCCCUCUUAA